GAUAUUUUGGUAAAAAACUCUGCAAUGCUGGAGGGCGGAGGCGAGGCGACAACUCAUCAAUCGCUUUCUAACAAUGGCAACACUUCGAUAUCAUCAAAUCAAUGCAGUUGCCGUCUGCGAUUUAAUAUCGUUCAGUUUGAGUAAUAAAGAUGGACAAAGAACCAAUGGCCCAUUUUCUUUCGACCACAAGCCAAAAAGAGCACGGCAGUCGCCGCAGAGGAGUACAUAGAGAAGGGAAGCAGAGAGAGAGGGUGAGAGGCCAAUGGAAGGAGAGAAGCAGAUGAGGAAGGGAAGAGAGAGGCACCCUUUGUUGAGAAGAGGAGGGGGAGAGGGAAGUGGCAGUGGUCACAGCCAUGGCUUCUCUUCUUCCCAAAUUCAAUCACUUGCAGCUUUCUGUGAGACCCUCAUUCCUCCCUUGCCUCCCCAAAAGAUAAACCCCCCCAGUCCUAGCCAGGAUCUUCUUUCCUUCUACCAAGCAUCUGGGUCUCAGUCUCCCAUUCCCGAUGAGGUGGCAGAGUUAUUGGUGAAGAGGGGUUUAUCAGAAGCUGUGAGCUUGGUGAGCUCGGUCCUGAAGAUCCUCUCAACAAGACUGGGCACAUUGUUGCUGUGUGGGCGUCUUUGUUUUAACUGGAGAUGGCCAUUUAUCCACAAAUUCUCAGAAAUUUCCUUGGAGAACAGAGAGAAAAUUCUCCAGAAAUGGUCAAGGCAAAGAUAUCUGAUUCCCUUGAGAGUAGCUUUUGCUUUGAUCAAGAUCUUCUCCUGCUACAUCUUUUUCUCUAGGAUUGAUGAGAAUUUAGAAAAUCCAGCAUGGAAAGCAAUUGGAUACCAUGUGGACACUGAAGAGAACUUUAUCAUACCUUGGAAGGAGAGACCUCUUCAGAGGGGAAUGAUAGAAACCAUGCAUGAAAAUGACUCAACCUUACUCCAAUCUUUAACCCAGAAAGGCCUUGAAGUUACUGAAGAUUCAAAACAAAACAUUUACAAGAUCAAGUGCGAUGUCGUGAUUGUUGGUUCUGGUUGUGGUGGAGGGGUUGCAGCUGCAGUUCUCGCAAGCUCUGGCCACAAAGUCAUUGUUCUAGAGAAAGGAAACUACUUUGUACCCGAAGAUUACUCUGGUCUGGAAGGCCCCUCCAUGAACCAAUUAUAUGAGUCGGGUGGCAUCCUAUCGACCCACAAUGGGAAAAUGAUGAUCUUGGCAGGAUCAACUGUGGGCGGCGGCUCUGCUGUCAAUUGGUCGGUGUGCAUCAAAACACCAAAUUCUGUUCUCAAAGAGUGGUGUGUGGAUCAUGAAUUACAACUUUUUGGGAGUUCUGACUAUCUUUCUGCCAUGGAUAUUGUGUGUAAAAGGAUAGGAGUUACAGGGAACUGUAUUAAGGAAGGGUUUCAGAAUCAAAUUCUUCGUAAAGGGUGUGCAAAUCUCGGUUUGAAAGUCGAUUCAGUGUUGAGGAAUUCCUCAGAAGGCCACUACUGCGGUUCUUGUUGUUACGGAUGUAAAACUGGAGAUAAAAAAGGUACUGAUUCUACUUGGCUAGUAGAUGCUGUACACCAUGGGGCAGUAAUCUUAGCAGGAUGUAAAGCUGAAAAAUUUAUGUUGGAGAAUAACCAGAAUGGACACACAAGAAAGAAAUGUUUGGGAGUGAUUGCAACAGCUUUAGGCAAGAAUAUUAGAAAGACACUGCACAUCGAGUCUAAAGCAACUGUAUCUGCAUGUGGAUCUCUCCUGACUCCCCCUUUGAUGAUUGCUAGUGGCCUGGAGAACCCAAAUAUUGGCAAGAACCUUCAUCUCCACCCUGCUCUACUGGUGUGGGGAUAUUUUCCAGAAUCUAUGUCGGAAUUCAAGGGGAAAAAUUUUGAGGGGGGGAUCAUCACUUCAAUUCAUAAGGUGGUUUCAGAGGAGUCCAAUGUUAGGGCAAUUAUAGAAACCCCUGCACUGGGCCCUGGCUCAUUUUCUGUACUAUGUCCAUGGGUUUCAGGCCUUGACAUGAAGGAACGGAUGGUGAAGUAUGCAAGGACUGCUCACCUUUUCGCAUUGGUCAGAGAUCAAGGAUCAGGAGAAGUGAAGGUGGAGGGAAAGAUAAAACAUCAUUUAAAUGCACGUGACAAAGAAAAUCUUAAGAUAGGUUUGAGGCAGGCUUUGAGAAUUCUGGUUGCUGCUGGAGCUGUUGAAGUGGGAACUCAUCGGAGUGAUGGGCAGAGAAUUAAAUGUAAAGGGGUUAAGAAAGAGGACUUGGAGGAGUUCUUAGACACGAUUACAGUGGUUGGAGGGGCUAGGUCAGGGGAAGAGCACUGGACCACAUAUUCUUCAGCGCACCAGAUGGGGAGUUGUAGAAUGGGUGCUACCGAGGAAAAAGGUGCAGUAGAUGAGAAUGGUGAGAGUUGGGAAGCGAAAGGCCUAUAUGUAUGUGAUGGAAGUGUUCUCCCAAGUGCAAUUGGGGUCAAUCCUAUGAUAACCAUACAAUCCACUGCUUAUUGCAUCUCAAAGAGGAUUGCAGAAUCCUUAAAGAAAGAAAAAUUCUUGGCAGAUAAUGAUCUUAACUUAAAAUUUUGGGGAAAACAGAAGCAAAAAGAGGGGCGGAGGUAAUGGGAAAUAAGCUGAUUGUAUGACACAGUAAAAGAAAUUGCUGCUAUUCAUCAUCUUACUCAAAAGGGUGGUGGACAUCACCUUCAAUUUCUUUUUUUUUUUCUCUCCAGAUUUUCUUAUAACUUUUCAGGGAUAGUUGCAUGGUUAAUUGGGUGGCUUUUGAAAGUUGAUUUUUUGUCUUCUUCUACACAACUACUUUAUUUGUAGAGAAGAGAAAUAGAUCUAUCUUUUAAGACUGGCAAGUACGGAUGAGAGGCAACAUUGAAACCCUAGAAUCUGAUUCCACAAUGACUUGCCUGUACUCUUUCCUUCCAAACCAUGACAAUGCCUUACCCAGGCUAAAAGUUCUGAUAUCAAGUAAUUACAUGGGCCUAUACUACAAGAUAUCUUCCAUUACAAUCA